CCCAAAUACCAAAUAGAUGCUCAGGAAUUACCAUGGCCGCUUCGCGGCUCUAGCGAAGCUCGGAACCUCUGGUACCAGGGAUCUUAGAGAUAAGUUUCCAAGCUAGAAAACCAUGGCUGCUCCUCUUGCUUUGGAGGCUGUUUUAACACUCGUUUCAGAAAAUUUACUGUCGAUAAUUUUAGCCAUAAGCGUAUGCUUUAUACUGUAUGUCUCUUGUAUUGCUCCGUACAAGAAAACGCGCAUCAAAGAGCUUGUCGGUGGUAUCCCCGGACCAAACCACCUCCCAUUUAUUGGAACUCUAAUUGACACGAUCAAACAUGGUGGUGAUAUACGACUACAGUUCGCAGAAUACUCAAGAACGUACGGCAGAGUGUAUGGAUUGUACCUCUUUGGCUCACCAACAAUCGUUAUCAACGAUCCAGACAUACUGAAGGAAGUGUUGGUGAAGGAGUUUCACUCUUUCCACGAUCGACCUGCUUUUUUUCCAAUGCCAGAGCCAUUUGACAGUAUGAUGUUCUUCGCAGAGGGGGAAACUUGGCACCGAGUGAGGACGACUGUGUCACCAAUUUUCAGUGCCCACAAGAUGAAGAUGGUGUUACCGUUGAUGAAUAACUCAUGUGAUAUCAUGAUGAGCAAGUUGCAACAGGCAGCAGAGAAGGGAGAGCCUUUUAACAUGUACCGGAUGGGUCAGAGUCUAACCAUGGAUUUCAUCUUGAGAAUUGUGUUUGGCAUUGAAUCAUCCGUGCAGCACAACUAUGAUGACCCAGCAUUUGUAGCAGCCCGAUCAGCACUAGAGGCAAGCACAUUUCAGAAAAUUGCUGGAGCAGUUGUUGGAAUGAUGCCCAAGCCAAUAAAGAAGAUGUUUUCUCGGGUGUUUUUCAGUCAUACAAAAGAACUUGUAGAAAUGACAGAGAAAGUUAUUGCAGCGAAGAAAACACAGGAAAACUCCACAAGAAAGGACAUCCUAGACCUGAUGCUUGAAGCAAUGAUAGACGAUGAAACCAAAAAGAAGCGUAUGACUGAGGCAGAAAUUAUUGCCCAGUGCCUUAUCUUCAUGAUUGCUGGAUACGAAGGAACCAACAGUGCUCUCACCUUCAUCUGCUACAGCUUGGCCACAAACCCUGAUAUCCAGGAAAAGUUACAGCAGGAGAUAGACAGUGUCUGGACAGAUGCAGAUCAGGUGCUGUCAUAUGACAUGGUGCACCAGCUGUCAUACCUGGACAUGGUGGUGUCGGAGACACUCCGGAUGUACCCACCAGGGUUCAUCCAGACUCGAGCUGUAACUCAAGAUUGUGUCAUUCAAGGUAGAAGAUUUCGCAAGGGGAACGCUAUUCUCAUGGACGUCUAUAGCCUUCAUCACGACCCGGAACUGUGGCCAGAACCCGAAAGGUUCAACCCCGAACGAUUCACGGCCGAAGCGAAGCAAUCCCGCAACCCUUACUCGUACCUCCCGUUCAGCGCGGGACCAAGGAACUGCGUCGGGAUGCGUUUUUCUCUGAUGGAGCUCAAGCUAGCAUUGACGCGAAUCUUGAAGAAGUACAGCUUUGUGGUUACACAGGACACCAAGAUCCCGCCCACCCUGAAGGCGGGCUCAGCACUAACUUGUGGCGGGGAAAUGAUGCUCGGAGUGAAAGCACGAGAGUAGAGACAAACAGGCGCGUCAUUGUGACACUCGCCUUUUAUUCCAAACUACAUGCCCUUUGAUUAUUGAUUUGUUCUCAUAACACAUGUGCCCAAAAUGCUCCACAAACACUAGGCAACCGCUGGCAUGUAAAAUAUGCUUUUGUUAAUUAUUUGAUUGGCCAAGGCAAGAGUUAUGAUACACAUGACACAACAUGAUUCAUAAUACUUGUGACGAUUUUGGUUUGAAACCUUGUAAAGACAACUAACAACUAUUGUUCUUGCUUCUUUUGAUUGGUUCACCACAGAAGAUUACCUGUAAGGUGUACAGGGAAUGACAUGAUUUACGCAACUUCUUCAAAAUCUUACAAUCUUUUAUGUCCUGCAUGCAUGUUUGGUAUAAAAAAGAUCCUCUGUGGGAAAGCUUAAAAAGCUUUUUGCCGCAGGAUAAUAGGACUUUGCACAAUUCUUGUAUGGAUGAUUACUUAAAGACGUUGUAAAGUUUGAAAUAUUUCUUAAAUGAUUCACUGGUA